AUGAGAAACGUUGCACUUUACCUUUUCGCACUUGUCUGCUUGAUCCUUCAUAUCCAACUUGUUCAAGCCGAGGAUUAUCCCAAGCCAUUCCAAGAAAUCUAUGUUGGCUAUCAAGAGCAUGUAUGCUACAACGCAAGUAAAUACACCGCCAAUGAUACCGUCACCUUUUUCUUUGAUGAAGAUCGUUCAAGCAAUGUUGCUCAUGGCCCUGCUACCAAAGGAUGUUUCACCUAUAUCGUCCCUCAAGGUGCAUUGACCCCACCGGGCCGUAAUAGCUCCACCUUGCUUGGGGUUGUGCGUCGCAAUUUCUACUUGUGGGAGGUGAUUGGUUUUCCCGUCCGCGUGGUGGAACCUCCUCGUAACGAGACCGACUCCUCUUAG